AGUUCAUGCGUCACUUUUGGAGCUCCUCCGAUAGAGUUACCAUCCUGACGAGCCAUGGAGAAGUUCGUGUUUGUGUUAUUUUACUUAUUUGGUGUUCUGGUGUGUUUGGGCACCGGUCAGCACCAUCUGCGUACACGUGUUGGACCGUGGACACACCGGAUUCAGUGGGAGAAUAACGGUCAGGUGUACAGUUUACUGAGCACUGGGACUCAGUAUCGUUUACCAGCACAGACACGGAGACGCGCUCAGCUUCUACUUAGAGCAAACAACCAAGUAAACCUCCCGGCUGCGUCCAGUAGACCCACCAGAACCGGAUCUUGGGAAUUCAACGAACUCAACGGCCAUUUUCAACAAAACGAGCGCAGUCAAAUGGAUGCGUCGGUCCUUGGUGCUGAUGCGGAUCAGUAUAUACUCGCCUCGGGACGACCUGGCACACGCAGUCAGUCCCCACCCCGCAGCCAAACCACCACAGAGGCUGUUGGAUACUCCGGGUCCCUCCGGUCAGAGUCUAACAGCAGCUCUUCAGCUCUUACCUCCAUCCAAGAGUUCUCCGGCAGCGGAGUCCCACGAGGAGGCCGUAGUACACUUGGAGAUGAUACAGGUGCACAACGGGCCAGCGAGUCACAGGCAAGAUUGACGGAUUUUACGCACAGCCGAGGCGGCAGAACCAGGUCCCAGAGCACGGAUUCAACUGUUCGAUCACCUACCACAUCAAUAUGGGUGACCACGGCAGAGGACGCUGGGAAUGCACGUCGUAUAACCCAGGAGACCACGCUGGGAGAGGCUCCCAGUGCGCGCGGUGUGCAAAGAGCGCACACUCUGACCAGAGUCACGCCAGAGUUAAUUGUUUCUCCCACAGCGCUGUACAGCAACGCUGUAGAAUUACAAUUUCCACGUAGAGGGCCCGAUGCCUCACGCACUUCAGACGCGAGUGACCCACGAGACCCGCACAGUAUUCAUCACAGGAACUCGGUUUUCUAUAACGUUUACCCACCAGACCGCAGGAACAGGCUCAGUGCGCGCCCUCCACCAGGAACCGGCUUCGGGACCAGGUUCUUCCACAACGGUCUUCCAGACUUGGUUCCUGACCCUUACUACAUCCAAGCAGCCUCAUACAUUCAGAGAGCACAGAUGUAUGCGCUUCGCUGUGCAGCUGAGGAGAACUGUUUUUCCAGCUCUGCAAAUCACCCGAGUGUGAGUGACCUCGACUAUCGAGUUCUGCUGCGCUUCCCACAGCGGGUGAAGAACCAGGGAACAGCAGACUUCCUCCCGGUGAGACCCAGGCAUGAGUGGGAGUGGCACAGCUGUCACCAGCAUUACCACAGCAUGGAAGCAUUUAGUAACUACGACCUGCUGGAUGUCUCCACUGGACAGAAGGUUGCUGAGGGACACAAAGCCAGUUUCUGUCUAGAGGACACGUCGUGUGACGCAGGAGUACGGCGACGCUUUGCCUGCACUACUCACACACAAGGUCUCAGUCCUGGAUGCUAUGACACGUACCACGCCAACAUCGACUGCCAGUGGAUCGACAUCACUGAUGUGCCGCCGGGAAACUACAUACUCAAGGUAACGGUGAACCCCUCUCACCUGGUCGAGGAGUCUGACUUCUCCAACAACGAGGCUCAGUGUGACAUCAGGUACACGGGAAGCUACGUCCAGGCGAGAAACUGCAGGAUCGUUGUGAGCUGACCUGACAGAAGACUGAACAUCUCACAGACAAACAUGUACUUAAUCUCUUCUUACUGGUCCUAAUGAGCAGCUGCUGAUACCAUCAUCAGUUUGCUUCUAAAUGAAUCUGUAUUUAUAUGAUUUAUUGUAUCCAAAGCCAGGAUGGCUCAAUUUGACCUUUUACUUAUUUAUAUGAACAUUCAUUUUAAGUGGAUUUUUAAGCAAUGCGAGACUGUGCUGUUAGCUGUUAUUGUGAGACUGACUUGGUGCUUACCGUGGGGAAGCAGUGGUGCUCCACCUUUCCUCCAUCACAUCUAUUAGGAUUUUGUCAGAGAACAGCAAAAUAUACCCUGAAGUAUC